AAUAGCAAGUUUGUCCAAAAUACAAGCCUAAUAAGAUUUUUUUUUUUUUUAUGCCAUUGGAAAAACAGCAUCAUCAUGCAGACAAUACAUACUCUUUAUCACAGCUUAGAUGUUGAAAGAAGAUCACUUCAUUGCUGUUCUCAACUCUUUUAGCUUUCUGAUUCCUUGCUCAUGUAACGUUCUGUAUCUCGCAAGAAUUUCUGCACUUUAGAACCUUCAGGUUCCAUCUCAGUAUCUAAUUUUUCAUUAGCUUGUAAAUGGCAUUCUUCCGGGCAUUUUGGAAUAGUCCUAUUGGUCCUAAAACAACUCAUUUUUGGGGUCCUGUUUUCAACUGGAGCAUCCCAAUUGCAGCAUUUGUUGACACAAAGAAACCCCCAGAAAUGAUAUCUGGCAACAUGACUGCAGUAAUGUGUGUUUAUUCAGCAAUGUUCAUGAGAUUUGCUUGGAUGGUACAGCCUCGAAACUUGCAUCUUCUUGUAUGCCAUGUCUCCAAUGAAACAGUGCAGCUUUAUCAGCUUUCGCGUUGGAUAAAGGCUAGAGGAUCCUUGCAGCAGGAGAAAGAGGAACAAGCUAAAGGACAGUGAUCCACAGAUUAUCUGUUAUAAUUUAUGCUAUCUUUUUUCACUUGUUCUGAUAAUGUAAAACUAUACUUCUUUUUC